CGCCGGUGCGGGUGCAGACUACAGAAACAGAAACAGAAGACAAGCAAAACCGUGUCGGCUGUCGGUGUGAAACCGCAAACUACGGAUGUUGAGUGUGAAGUGUAAUUACUAUAAUUGUAGUGUGUGAAUUUUACUCAGUUUUUAAUAAUGAUAGCAAUUUUCGUUCCAUUUCUGACAGCAAUCAAUUAAUCAAAAUACUGAUAUAAAAUUAUGGCACCUCAUUCAGAAAUAAUAGGUUAUUGGGGACCACCAACGGCAACGAUUGAUUGGUGUGAGAAAAACUAUGAAGUAAAUUUUUAUGUUGCAGAAAUGUCCAAUACAAUCAGCAAUCUUAUGAUGAUAUUACCACCGAUUUGGGGUAUGGUUGAAGUAAUCAACCAGGGCUUUGAAUUGAGAUUCAUUUUUUGCCAUUUCCUCCUUCUAGUUGUUGGUCUAGGCUCAUGGGCUUUUCAUAUGACUCUUCUGUAUGAAAUGCAACUAUUCGAUGAACUUCCAAUGGUGUGGGGUACUUGCGUACUUGUUUAUUGUUUAGCGGUUGUUAAAAAACCUGAAAAUGAUAAAAUGUUUUCGAAUGGCCGCUUGGCUAUUUGCUUGGUGACAUUCGCCUCAUCGUUCACUGCCGUCUACCUGUUGUGGCCUCAGCCACUGCUGCAACAUUCCAGCUAUGGAGUUCUUGUUUUGAUUUCAUUCGCUCAAGAAAUCAACUUGAUUCGACUAAAGGGCUGUCAAGUCUGUAAAAAACUAUUCAUCAUAUCAUUAACAACUUAUUUGCUUGGGUUCUUCCUGUGGAAUCUCGACAAGAUCUUCUGCUCAAAUCUUCAUUCUUUAAGGAGCUCGAUGAGUCCUUACCUAAGUCCGGUUACGCAGCUACAUGGCUGGUGGCAUUGCUUUGCUGGCUAUGCAACCUAUCUGCAAGUUUUCAUAUGCAUACAUUCCAACUAUGACUUUAAAAAGAGCAAAAAGGAGAAAAGGAAGUUGGAGCUAUGUCAGAUGGGCUUCGGAUUGAGGUGGUUCAAACCCGAGAAGAGUCGCUGAACGUGGCAAAUAGUUAGAGCAGAGCCUACACAUUCACGGAUUUCGCCCGAGCCGAGCAGAGCCGCGCAGAGCCGCGCCAGUAGCCCUGGGCGGACGGAUUUGGCCUGGCUCGGCUGGCAAGAAAAGACAGGCAAAAUCCGUGAGCCAAAUCCUUAGGUGUGUAGGGCCCUUUAUAGUGACGGCAGCCCCAACGAAAAGCUUUAUUUGAAUUUAAGUAAUUAUUGUUAUCAUGUGACCAUCCGUCCAACUCCUUUGGUCAUUGAUAUAUAUUACCCACAAUACUUUGACCAUUUCAAACUUUCAAAUCGAUCAUUGACAUUGAUUACUAUGGAAUGCACAUAACAUUCUAAAAAAAUUAUGACCCACAUAUUUAAAAAUAAAUGUAGAUUGAUCUAAACCAUUGCUCUUUCAUUAUAAGAAUUUAAUUUUGUAAAAUCUAAUAUUUGUAACGAUUCAUUAUCAAUGCAUACUCAAUAUUUUCAAAUACAUUUUUAACUAAAUUCAAUGUAAUUUAUUACUCAAUUAAGAAUUUUGUAUCACAUUCUCUUUUUAUAGUAGGCUAUAAAAGUAGACAAUCUCAUUUCCAAUCAUAUCUAUUGAAUAACAAUAAAUAUGUAAGUCGAUUGUUCCAUUUAAAGACCAAAUUUAUUGGAAACAAUUUUAUAUAAAUAAAUUAAUUCAAUUAUAUAAAUAUCAAUUGAUUUCAUUUUCAUCCUGAAUAAAUUUAGAAUUUCGUUAUUUUGUUCUUAUGUUAUUGAAGACUUUUAACGAGCUUGUACAGCUACUUAUUACAGUAGGCCUAUUGUAUUAUGGCCAACAAUUAUCAUUUGUGAGGAGUCAUGCAUGUGGCACUGCUGUUCAAAUAGCUUUUUUCUAUUGAUAAAAGACUACAAAGUUGCUAGUUUUAGAGCCUGUUCGUGAUAAUUUCUUAGUUUACAGAGAAGUGUCCAGUACCUUUUUUCAUGCAAAUAACUCUCACCAGAGAUAUUAUGUGUCAGAUAGUAUUCUCAUCUUAAUAUUCUUUCAGGGAAACGAAAAGUAAGACUUUUUCUCAUACAUAGGAAAAAAACAGUUUUAUUUAUUUAAGAAAUACAAACUCCAACACAAUCGUACAAUUAAAUUACUAUAAUUAUAAUAAUUUAAAUUAUUACAUUUUUAUAAUAAUUAUCAUUAUAUUAGGAUCACUAUUGUUGAUAUAAUUCAAAAGAACCUGCAUACUAAUAUCUGUACUUAUAGUACUAUUUGAAUUUAAUUCAAGUUUCAGCUUUCUACUUUCAUUUUUAUGAAAAAUCAACUAAUCUUAAUCUUUAUAAAAAUAGUUCUGGUUUAGAACCAUUUGAUCAUGAGUGUAACUCAAAUUGAUUAUAGAAGAUGAAUUGAUUGAUUGUCAUCUCUACAAGAAAUUGUAGCUUUAAUUGUUUGAUAGAAUAUAAUAAUAUAAUAGAUUGUGAAUUUCUUGGUCCAAUUAACUAUGUGAUAAACUAUUCAACUAAUCAUUAUAAUAUCAAUGUGGUAACUUGAAUCGAGAAAAUUCUGAAUUUUCGUGGGUUCUUAGGUGAGAGGUAUACAAAACAAAUUAUCAGGUGAAACAAAACAUAAUUCUAUGGCAAGAUUAAUCAAACAAAUAGAAACUACUGUAUCUGAAUAAUAUCAGCUUAUUGGAUUAGAAUUCGGUAUCGUCAUUUCAUUUUCUGGGGAGAAAACAAACCCCUGUACCAUGAUAUUUCCAUCUUGAAGAAAUACUUAUUAAUACUAGUAUUAUUCGAUUAUUAAAAUUCAUAUUAUAAUAGUAGAUAAUGUAGACAUUGAGCCACAAUAUCAUGGAAAAUAAUUCUGUUGAAUUGCUCUUGUACAGCAUUCUAUACUGUCGUUGAUUGAGAAUCAACACAUGACAUACCAGUCUAACAAAGUCUUCUUAGAUAAGUUUAAACUCAAUUUCAUCGAAUAAUAGAUCUAGUUUAAAACAUGCAGUCUGCUCAUAGGAUUCAUCUUGAUUCCCAUGACCAAACUCCCUAAAUAUAGGACAUUUUUUAAAAUAGUAAAAUCUAAUAAUUAAAAUUAUAAGUAUACUGGCCUUCAGUCCUUUAGUAGAAAAUAGGGAAAACACUUCAACGUUUAGCUAGCGUUUGUAAUCCCUUUAAAAUUUAUAAUACAGAAAUAGAAUAAAAUGGAAUUAAAAUAGUACUCUUUUUAAAAAAACCUUUUUUUUAAAGUAUCAUUUCUCAUUUUUUAAAGCGUACUAGUUUUAUUCCAUCUUAUUCUAUUACUUAAAGUAACUCUUGCUAUUUAUAAUAAUAAUAAUA